CUAGUAAGUGGGUGUGUGGAAGAAGGUGCAUCCCUGAACCUUUAAUUAUGAAAAUGAAAAUAAUUCUUGGUGCACAGAUAAGUGUGCUCUUCUGUAUGAUUUCACUGCUGAUUGUUUGAAUUAGGUGGGACGCUCAACUCCUCUCUGCUCCCAAGACAUUGCCUACAGCACACAAGACUUAUCAGGAAUUGGCUGGGGUUUUUUUGGUUUGGUUUGAUUUUUUUUAAGUCUUGUGCAGCAACUGAGUUUUCCUAAUCCAACUACUUAGGCACUGUGGUAGGUAUCUCCAGGCUUCAGGAGGACCUUUCUGCAGGCAGCUCCAGACACCAUGGCCAUUAGGACAACCCUGUAGCAUUAGGUCCCUGCUGGAUCCAAGCCAGGAGCUUUCAGUACAUGUCCCAGGAUGCUUUUCUCACAGACCACGAUGGAUCAAUGUGUUGUACACAAACAGGGGUGGUGCAAGGUGCUUUUUGGAUGAGCCAACUCAUGUGCCAGAGAAAGGGGGGAGGGAGUUCAUGAACGGUCACCAUUUCCCAUCAGCUGCUGGGAAGUGACAUGUCAGCUGCUGGGAAUCACUGUCCUUGGCCAACUGGUCUGUGGCAGCCUUGUCAUCAACAGCAAUAUAAAAAGAGAGUUGUUUCAGGGCAAGACAUCACAUGCUGAAGCUCCCCAUUAAGAGGAACCAGCUGGUGUAUUUGGUGCCUCUGAAUUCAGACAUGAAGAUCCUUUCCCUUUUCUUUGGUGUUCUCCUAGUGCUCCAAGGCACUUUAGGUUUCAUGCGUGCACCUAAUAAUGAAGUGCAGUGCAAACAGGCUGGGGGUACCUGUUCCACUGACCACUGUCCUCUGCCCCAAACCAGGCCCUUUGGACGUUGCCAGCAAGGGGUCCCUUGCUGCCGGACUGUGUAUGAUUAGUGAUGACUGGCAGCUCAGGCUGGCCAAGGAGGACUUCUGGCAAUUUAGAACAUGCCUCAUCUCAUGGGAAAAUCUGGAAUUUUGAGCUGAAAAUAUGCAUUUAACACACACACAUGCACCCACCACAACAUGAAGAACAAGAAAACAAACUCCACAAAAAAAAACCCAAACCUUAAUGACUUGAAGAAACUUCAAAGCAAUUCUUUAACAACACCUGUACCAGAGAGCAGAUCACCAACAUGCAGAAAUCUGUCUCCAUGAGAGGAUGCAGAGCAGGUUUUUCCUUUGUCCCUUAGAACUAUAGAACUAUUCACUAUAUUAUUUUCCUUUUAGGGUUAGUAAUAAUGGGAUUAGCACUAAAAUCCAAAAUCUUCAGGGGACACUGAAUGCUCAGCUGGUGUGUUCAUAUGUAAUAAUCUAUGUAUCUCCGUGAAUGUUAAUAAAGCUUUUUCAGAAGA